AUGGAUUCGCGCCUCACGAUGCGCCUGGCCGUGCUGGCGCUGGGCGUGGCGGAAGCCAUGAAGUGCCCGGGGAGUCCGUCCCUGAUCCACGCCUCCGCCAAGGCGCAAGUGCUGGCCAGCGCAAGCUGCACGGAGGUGCAGGAGGAGAUCUUAGCGAGAGUUCGAUCGUCGGAGUGGCAGGAUCCCCACAACGGAGGUACCUACAGUCUGAUCUCUAGCAGUCCGCGAGAGAUGCUCCUGUCACGGCGCACCGGGGACGGGAAGUACACGGACAAGAUGGCCAUGACGUUGGCCCCGGCGGGGGACAAGUGCCAGAUCAUGGGGUGCUCGGAAUCUCAGGUCUUCUCGAUCCGGGACAUGUCCACCAACUACUGCAACCUUCGGAUGCUGUACUGCGGCACUGCCGAAGGUUGCAGCCCCGUGAAGCACGACUUCCCCGUCCUCGAGUCCCAGGUCUCCCCGUCGCUGGGCGCCGGCUCCAGCGCGGCGGCGUGCCUGGCGACGGCCCAAGCUGAGUGUACACGCGGCACCCUCACAGGUGGCAUCUACCACAUGCUCAAAGCCUACGGGGUGCCGCGAGUCUUCGGCGUGAAGAGCGGGUUCGGAGGUCUGCCGGAGGAGCAGAACUGGGUGGAGCUGACACAUGAGGCGGUGCAGGACAUCCACAACAAAGCCGGCACCAUCCUCGAGAGCGAGCGAGGGAAUGCGAGGCAUGCAGAUAUGGCCGGCAUGCUGCAGAUGCACAACUGCAAGCAGCUCUUCAUCCUGGGCGGUGAUGGUGCGCACAAGGGUGCUCUUCAGCUUGGAACUGCCCUAAAAUCCAUCGACCACGAGUGCGCCUUGGUGGCCAUCCCCAGCACGGUGGACAACGACUUGAACAUGGUGGACACCUCCUUCGGCUUCGACACCGCCUGCACCGAGGCCCGGGACUGCGUGUCGGCGGCCUACGUGGAAGCCACUUGCAACGCCAACUGCAUCGGCUUGGUGAAGCUCUUGGGGAACGGCAGCGGCUUCCUGGCCAUGAACGCCACCCUCGCGGCACGGAACGUGGAUAUGUGCUUGCUGCCGGAGAUGGAGAUUGACUUGCCCAAGGUGCUGGCUCACUGCGAGCACGUCAUGGCCACCAAGGGCCAUGCGGUGAUCGUCGUGGCUGAUGGUGCGAAGGAGUCCCUCUUCCGGCGUGCCGGGAUCUCUAUGGAAGGAGACGUGGGCACCUGGCUGCGGGAUCAGAUCAUGGACCACUUCAAGGAGAAGUCGAAGCCCCUGACGGUCAAGUACAUCGACCCAACCUACAUGGUGCGCUCGGUGAAGGCCAACGCCAACGACAGCGCCUACUGCGCCGCGCUGGCGGACCACGCGGUGCACGCGGCCAUGGCGGGGUUCACCUGCGUGUCCGUGGCCGGGGGCCCUGGUUGGGCCCGGGAGUUGUAA